GCUAUGGCGUCUGGUGUUGGCCGUUUGUGCUCCGUUUGCUAUCAGCCGUUCACUGACGAGUGCCCAGAACGAGUUCCUCGCAUACUGAACUGCGGUCACACUUACUGCACGGAGUGCUUGUGUCGUCUCGAGCGGUUCAAUUCGGUCACGUGUCCAACAUGUAAGCGUCCGACUCCCACCGGUCUGCAUCGCCACACUCUAUUCUCAUCAGGACAUCCUCUCUCCAGCGGCGUCGAAUCUCUGCCCAAGAACUUCGUACUUCUCGACCUUCUGGCCAACAUCUCGGGCACGUGUACGGAGCGCGGCGCAGCAGCGCAAGGUACGGCACCAACGGCUGUCGAGAACGGCACGAAAUGUCUCGAGCAUGAUGAAGUGAAGAAAGUCUACUGUCGGGAUGAUAAACGACUGAUAUGCAUAUAUUGCCAAGUGUAUGGCGAGCACAAAGGGCACGACUGCGUUCUAGCGGCCGAGGCUGUUGUGGAGCAGCACCACGCGAUUGAGGAUCACCUGCGUACGUUGCGUAGCAGGCAUGACGAGCUGCAACGAGCGUUUAGAAGGAUUGAGGGCACCGCCGUGGCGGUUAGGGCGAAAGAGAUCGAGACGGUGCACACUGUGAGGGAGCAUUUUGAGGAAUUGAUGGCUGCGUUUUUGCAGAGAAGGCAAGCUCUUAUAACGAGAACUAAGGUUGUGUCUGCUCAGAAGGGAGAGAGUAAUUGUUGGUCUUUGUCUAGUGCCAUCACACACAUUUUGACACGCUGCCAGAAUGCUAUUCAGGGGUGCCAAUCGGCUUUGAAUUGUCAUGACUGUACUCUGUUUGAGACAUGGGCUGAUCUUGAUCGGAAUGUGAAGGCUGUGUUGGAUCUGUCUUGUAAUGUGGAGCCAGUAACUAUGAGUGACCUUGUGUGUCAUCUUCCAAGGGAGAUGGUCAAUCAUCUGAGCGAGCAUGGUCUUAUUAGAGCAGCUACUAUUGAAACAAAUCAGCAAAUGCCUGUUACAGCCGCCACCGCCGCCGCUGCUGAGAAUAACACUGAGAGUGCAGAUGUUCGAUGUUUGUGUGAAGAGCAGGUUGCAUUUGGAGCACAAACUAGGGCUGAUGGAAGUGAAGGAGACAAUCAGUCCUUGGCAUGGGAAUCUGCAGUAACAGCUACUGCUAUACAAGAAUCUCUUACUACUGUGACAGCGGAUGCCACCAGCUCAACAGCUGCAGAUGAACAACUAGCUGAAGCUGAUAAUCAUAGUGUGGAGGGAAGCGAUCAUGGUACUGUUGCAGCUGAUCAUUCAGUAACACACAGUCAUGAAGAGAGUGAGACAUCAGAGCAAGGCAGCACUGUGUCUGAUGGUGACACGGAACGAGCUGUAUCUAGUGAUAAUCAAGUUUUUGAACCAUCUUUAGAGGAUUGGGUAUUUCGUUCCCAAAAUGUGAAUCUAGGCUGGGGAGGUGCAAGAGGGUUAAGGUUGACUGUAGAAAGAGAUGUGGAGGGAUGGAGACAACUAAUGGCCGAAGCUCAGCAGAGUGGAGAGUCUGAUACUCCUGAGUUUGAAGAAGAGGUGCGAAUGUCUGAAACUGUAGACCUUGAAGAACUUGGUGCAGAACAAGAAGAAGAGUGUGAUUAUGAAACUGCAGCGUCUAGGCCAUCCUUUGAAGAGCAACUGAGUCAUAUGUUGGCUUGUGCUGCUACUAUAAGGAAUGAUUGUGAUCUGUCUGACGUAGUGAGAAGCCAUCAGCAGCCAUUAAUACAACUUCCCAGCAGUGAGCUGCAGGAAGCUGGUCCAUCUUACUUGCAGCAUUCAGUGUGGGGAUCAGGAUCACAUGGUUCUUUUGAACUUUUCCCUGAUCCGAUCUCUUUGCUAUUUGGAGAAAGUCAAAAUGAAGAUGAUGAAGACCGACUUAGAGAAGAGCAGGAAGAUGAUCAUCAAGAUGGCGGAGAAUAUGAUCUGCAACACAUGAGAGACCAUCUGGAUUUGAUCGACUUUGAACAAGAACCAGUAGCACUUCGACAGACCAGUUCACAAGACCAAAGCAUGUAUCAUCGCUUGUCCAGGUCCACAUCACACACUUGCUGUGCUAAUCAGCAAUUCCACAGGCCUUUAUCACGUCAGAAUCACCGGCCUUUAAGUCAAGAGGUUCCACAACUUGUUUCAGGAUCUUCUGCUCAUAGAAGUCAAUCAUCUCACUCGUCUGAGUCGAGAUCACAGUUACAGUGUGGUGCUACGUCCUCUAGUGAUCAGGAUGAGGCUGAACUUAUGGAGAACCAGGUCAAUCAAUUUCUGGGCAGUUUGAGUACAAAUGCUGGAGCUGCAAGCAGUAGUGAUUUUGAACUGGCACCUGAAAGCAGUGGGUCCGAUUCUGACACUCACGUGGUGGCUCACUGCUCACUGACUGCUUUGACGGCAGCUGCCAAUGUAACCGAAAGGCAUCGGCGGUUUGUCCGCAUGCAACAGGGUCGUGGGAAAGGGAUCCCACGUCCUUGGACAAGCCGACGUGGAGUUGCCUUCAAUCAGUACUUCAUGUUUGAUCGCAGUGCUAGUAGCCAGUCUCAACAAAAUGCUGCUGCUGCAGUCAGCCAUGAGCCACGGUAUCUACCUAUCCCUCUGAAUUCAGUAUGUGGCCAUUGUCCUCGUCCAGCCAAGUCACGAUGCUGCAAUUGUUCACGCUUGUUCUGUGACAACUGCAAACGUUACAAUGGAAUACCCUGUGCUCAUGGAUCAGUCGAACACAGUUUCACUGCAGUGCGGCGUGUAAAAUGUAAAUCCCGACGACCACCUCGUCAUGCGCCAUUCUGUAAUGCUGCAGUACAACAACCUGUUCAUGAGGAUGAAGAAGGAACGGACAGUCCUCCCUCAUCAGCCACUCCUGUUCCAAUUGCCGGAUCAACUCCAGUUCGCCGAUUGCCUCAUAAUCGACCAGUUAGAAGAGAUGCCCGCCCUCUCUCUCAUUCUCCAAUUCGUUCAACACUUGCACCCCCUCCACGUUCUCGGCCACGGCUUUGGCGUUGUGAUCGUUGCACCUACUUUAAUGAUCCCAACUUUGAAUUUUGUGACGCAUGCAACCACAGUAGGAGCAGUACUCAAGGAGAGGCGCUAACAUGUACUCAUUGUACGUUAGUCAACCCACCUGGAAGCCAGUGGUGUGAAGCAUGCAACAACCAGUUAGGUGAUCAAGAAGACAAUGAAUUGAAUGCUGAGAGAGAUGGUGACGACUUCUUGGCACGUGCACUUUAACUCUGAGGCAGUAAAGGCAACAGAACUACGUUCCAUAGUAGAGCAUUCGAUUGACUUUAGUGCACUUAUUUAAUUCAGUGAAAUAAAGCAGUUGUGUUUUUGUACUGGAGUUGUUAUUAUUUAACUGAGUUGUGUUAUUAUUGAAUUUAUAGCUGCUGUCUGAUGUAUAGAGUAGAUGUCUACUGGCAUGUAAGAUAACAAGCAGUAAGACAAUUAAGGACUGAA